GGGCGAACGGAAGUACCUUGCCGUCUCUCCCGCCCGCGCGCCUCUCCUCACACCCGCUCCCUCGAGUGCCUGUGCGUGUGACUGUGGAAAAGACCCGAACGUUUUGCUUCGCUCGGACAUCUUGGGAGAGAGAUAUAUAAAAAAAGGGAUAUAUAUAUAUAAAAGGUGCUUGAUAAAAGAAAAGACCAAACCCCCCAAAUUUUUGAAAUACAUUUUCUUUUUCAAAGAAUAGAAAAAAGUUUCAAACUUAAUAUUCUCCAAAGUGCUAAUUUGAAGUGACCGUUCCCCCCCCCCUUCGCCAAAAAAAGAUAAUGUCAGAUCCAAGAGAAGUGUUCGCCUCGCCCGCCAUGGGGUUAGCCGCGUGCCUCUAAAAAAAAAAAAGAAAAAAAAAGAAAAAAAGAAAAAACGUCAGGAGAUAACACUCAGCAUCUUCGAGUGAGAUCAUCAGCUGCCGCUCGACGCGAUCAAGGGCGACUUGAACAUGAGCGACACUAUGGCCGACGUCGAAGAGCUCACUAAGCAGGUGGACUUAGUCUACAAGAACCUGCUGGACAAGUUCAACCCCGCGGCCCGCCAGCUCAUCACGGCGGGGAAGGCUUACCUCAAGGCCCUGCAUGGUGCCAUGGCUGCGUCCAAGGUGUACCUCGACGCCCUGACGAAGGUGGCGAGGCACUCCCAGCAGGGACUCUGGGGCGGCUCCUCUGACAUAGGGAUGUGCCUCAUGCAGAUGGUGGACGUUUACAAGGAAGUCCAGUCACAACAGAUGACCAUUCUUAAGGCUUUCUACGUGGACCUGAUCGUGCCUCUGGAGACCAAUUUGGACAAGGAUACUAAAGUGCUUCAGACCGAGCAGAAAAAGUUCCUUUCUUCACACAAACACCGCCUGGAGUCUUACACGAAAGCGGCGUCGCAGGUGAAGAAACACAAGAAGAAGAACAGGGCGAAUAAAGGAGCCAUGGAUAAGGAAAUAAAGCAAUUCCAGGCGAUGGAGGAGGAAAAGUGCAAAAUGGACGGGUUUAUUGAACAGAGUCUUCAGAACGCGGUGACCCAAGAGCGGCGUCGAUAUGGAUUCAUCCUGGAGAGACAGUGCUCCCUCGCCAAGCACUACCUGGCCUACCACGGGAAGGGCUCCUCGCUCCUGCAACACACGCUGGACAAGUGGCAGGAGGUUUCCAAGACGCGCGAAACCCUGCCCGACAGGAUUCAGUGCAUGCUGCCCACGUCGAGGCCGAGGGACACGGAAGGCAUUUACUCGACGCCCCUCUGCCUCGACGACGAUGCCAUGUCCGUGACCUCGCAGAUGCGGAAGGCACGCUCGGUCGACGCCUCCUGCCUCGACCUCAGCUCCAUUGCUGACGAAAUGCCGUCGCGACCUAUCACUCGCGCGCGGUCGGAGUUCAACCUCGACCAUCGCUCCACGCCGGACACCCUGAUGCACCGGCGGUCCAUGGCGGUCCCCGAAGACAGCAGCCGGCGGGCCAUGGCGAGGGCGCUGUACCCUUACUCGCCCAGCGGAGACAACCAGCUGUCGUUCGUCGAGAUGGACUUGAUUGCCUUGAUUGGAGAGAAGAACAAAGGCUGGCAGUACGGCGAGAACCUCCGCACGCAGCGCUGUGGAUGGUUCCCCGUCGCCUACACCGAGCUCCUGCACGAGGAAGAUGACUCAGCUCUCGGCAGCACCAUGACGUCACAGCUCAACAGUAGAGGUAGUGUAGAGGACCCCCAGGCCACGCCCGCAGGUGCUGAGGAGCCGCCCACUGGCCCCGGGCUAUCCCAGCACGCCCACGCUCAGCCCUACCACCGAUUCCCUCCCAAACACAGGCCCUCGAUCGCUUCCAUGACUCAGGUCCGAGCCGCUAGUCCCGCCGCCGCCUCCCAUGCCAGUGCCUCCACUUCUGCCUCGAGCGUUCCAGUGCCACAGUCCUCCUCCUCUGCCAAAUCAUCACAUGUAGCCUCCUCUCAGGAAACUCUGAGAACCUGCACCAGCAUGUCCUCCAGCGUGAACACGGUCCUCUUCAACCACGCCAUUCUGGAACCCCCCUCCGCCCGAGUCUCAGCCCCCACCAUUAAGAAGUCGACGAGCCAGCCGCAGCCGCACGCCAAGUCCGGCUCCAACCCCUUCACCUCCAGCGGCUCGCUCACCACCGGCUCCUCCAUGACCCUGAGCCGCUCCUUCACGACCGGCGCCGGCUCCUCCCACCUCUCCACUCGCUUCCAGAAGAGAGGCAGCGGGAACGCGUCCUUCCACUCCAGCGACGACAGCGGCUUCAGCAACGAGAGCGGCAGCAUCAGGCCUCCCAUGAACCCCGAGGCUGAUUACUCCGACGAUGAUCUCAACGGACUUGCCCCACAUUCCAUGAACAGCCUCAGCUCCCGCUGGCUGAGGUCCUCCACAACCCCGCCGUUUAACACGGAGCCGGUCUCUCUCCCUUGCCUCCUCAGCCCCGAGUCCUGCCAUUCCAGCGACCAACAGUCCUUCCAGUACAUAGCAGGGGACCAGGACGCCACCAUGACCCUUCCGACGCCUGGUCGUAAACACAAGAGCGACAGCGUCAAGCACAGGGAUCUCUCCCUUCCCUCUCUCUCCAUUGAUCACUUUGUGACACUGGCAAGGAGGAAGACCAACCGGUCCUCGCCCUGCGCCCAGAAGAUAGCCGCCCAGAGGGAGCGCGGCCGAAGUCAGGAGCGAGGCCGACGGACCGUGCGGAGGAGUUCGUCUCUCCUCUGCCUGGGCAUGGACUCCUGCCGCGGGAUUCCUGACGACCUGCAGAGUGCUGACUACGAGGACGUCUGGUCUGAGGACUGGAGACAUUCCUCACUCGUUGAUGUAAGCAUAGACAUCCCGGACCCGCCGUCCUUCCAGCCCCCGGCGCCGCCCACGCCCGCCAGCACCAGGCCCACCGUGGAUUACUCGAUCCGCCCGCCGAUGCCCCUGCCUCACGACGACCCCAACCCGUCGCCGAGGUCGUGCUCGAACACCAGGCAGAGCGAGUCAUCUCAGCAGAACUCGAACUCGUCGUCUGGCAACAGCACUCUGACGGGGAGCGACGAGGAGGACAACGAGGAGGAAAUCUACAUGGUCGUCAGCGACCACAGGUGCGAAAUGAGAAAGACGCAGAUGAGGAAACAGGUGUCGCGCUCCCUCACGUGGGCGUCUCCCGCCCAUCGGAGGUCUCCCCCGCCGCCCCCGCUGCCCAUGUCCAACCCCCCGUCUUCCGCCGCCUCUUCCACCUCAACAAAAAUCACGCAGAUCAGAAGAAGCCACGCCUCUCCGCGACGGCCCGACGAGAGUCAACAACAAAGCAGCUUACCCCACUCGACGCUGCCGUCCCAGGCCACAGAGACGCCGCCGCUUCCCCCGAGGAGGACGCAGCGCCCUCCCUGCCCUCUCCCGAAGGAAAGCCGGAGGCAGUCUGUAGACAGGCUGCUCCUGCCGUGGCAAUACGGCAGCGAGGUCAACAUACUCAACUACAGCGAUUACAUGAACCGCCGCCUGAAGUAUCCCGAGGGAGUGUCUCGUAUCGACCAGCAGUCUUACACGACUGGGAACUUAUGCGGUCCGUGGUACGACCUCUGGGCGGACGACCCCUCAGUGGCAGACGUAUGAUCCUCGUGCCUUUAGGUCGCGGGAAAGACCCAUUUUGUAUAUAUGACAAAACUGCUCACAGAAGGCCAAAAAAACUAAGACUUAAAGUGUUCUUGCUGUGCAUGAAUACAGCUCUUUCUAUUUUCCAGAAAGUUUUUGUGCUAUAUUCUUGUAUAGAAGAAGUAGAAUCUCUUCUCAUUUGCAAGUUCAAAAGAUUUUGUAUAUAGAAUAUAUAUAGAAUUUAUUGUGAAUGUAGCCUUGUAGGGACUGUCCUUAUUAUUUUACCCAUUAUUUUUGUGUACAUUUCAUGCAUAAUAUCUGUUUAAGUUCUGUUUAGUUAAGGAUAUUCAAAUCAGUUUUUUUUCAAUGUAUAUAGCACGUAUGACACCAAGAGUAAAUUUCCCUUAGUUACCCCUUCAUAUGACAAUUUUCUUUGAUGUUCUAUGUUUGCGUAUGUGCAUGGGUAACUUUUAUAUUACUUUCAAAUUUACUUUUCUUGGAUUGCGUCCCUAUUUCCUUCUUAAUAUAGACACUACCAAUUGUUUCUUGCUAAUUCAGUAUCACAAAAAAUACAAUUCAUUAAAUCAACUAACAAAAUUGUUCUAAUUCUAUUUUGUAAAAAAAAGAAAGAAAAAAAACAUAUAUUACCAGAAAA